AUGGGCGGUCAUAACCGGGUCCUAUUUUGGAAAACGUCCAUUUGUUACAAGAAUGGCAAUGUUCAGUCAGCUCAAGCCAUUGAAAAGGAAAAGCCAGCUCAAGCUGCAGCUGCAAAAUUCUUUCAGCAGUCGACUGAGCUGCUUUACUCAGCAGCAUCCAAUACCCAUCACGCCGAAAACGACCACAUCCCCGAGAUUGUCAUUGUCGGGGCUUCCAACGCUGGCAAGUCGCACUUUCUAAACUCGCUCGUCGGCGACUUUCAUCUCGCCAAAGUUAGCCACCGGGCGGGAAAGACAACUACAAUGAAUGCCUAUGGAGUCGGACCCCGGCCAAAGAUCGCUCCCGAGCUCAUCCGCAAGGGUGAUGCUCCCCCCAAGCGUAGCCUUAUCCUCAUGGAUACGCCAGGUUAUGGAUACAGGAGUAAGGCGGAUUGGGGCGAGACAAUCGUCCAGUAUCUUACCCACAGGAAGACGCUACGAGGCGCCAUCAUUUUGAUACCCGCCGAAAAGGACAAUUAUGAGAUGGACACAUGGAUGCUCAAGACACUUGCUCGAACAAACACGAGGACUCUAGUCGUGAUCACCAAGGCGGACAAAUGUGGCGAAGAAUGGCCGGUUGAAUGCCUCGCUCUCUCCCAAGAAAUCGAAAAGGAGCUAGAAAGGCAGGAUAGACUUGCCCCUGGCAAGUGGAGAGAGGGAUCGGACCGUAUAACGAGUAUAUAUGCUACGGCAGCCGGGAUGGAGACACAGCGCCGGAUGGGCAACGGAGCCGGAAUGGGGGGGGUGCGCCUCGCAAUCCUCGAACUCGCUGGAUACGACAUUAAAGGAAGAGUUGAGAAGCAGGACGAGACAAAGACCUACACUGGGGAAAUUGUUUCCUUCGAUGAUAUCGUAUGGAAAGCCUAG